AUGGUCCUGCAUCGCUCCGAAGCUGACGAUUCCCUUUUGAUCUACAUAGGUGCAACUGUGCUCUGCGGAGGGACGAUUCUUUACAGAGCCAAAAAGAACCGGGUUGAGAAAGCCUUUCCUUUUUGGGGUGGUCUCGUCCUGCUUUUCGCCUUGGAAAUCCUGUGUCUUACCACGCUGAGAAGUUAUCUGGGCUUGAGUUUGUUCUCGCUGGCGUGUAUCGCCUUUUGCAUUUACACACGUGUUGAAGCGAUGCUGCCCGUGGACCGCAAAGCAGUGUUCAUCACAGGAAGUGACAGUGGCAUUGGACAUGAACUUGCAAAGUACCUUGACCGCUUAGGAUUCAUUGUGUUUGCUAGCGUUUUAAAUGUGAACGGGCCCGGUGCUGAAAAUCUGAAGAAGACCUGCUCGGAGAGGCUUUCUGUCCUGCAAUUAGACAUCACCAAUUCUGCACAAAUUAAAGAAGCAUAUCUUGAAGUACGAAGGAAGUUGCAAAAUGCAGAUCUUUGGGGUGUCAUCAACAAUGCAGGGGUCUUGGGAUUCACAGCAGAUGGUGAACUGCUGCCUAUGCAUUCUUACAAACAAUGCAUGGAUGUCAAUUUCUUCGGUCCCGUCGAACUGUCGAAAACAUUCUUGCCUUUGCUCCGGAAAUCCAAAGGACGGCUCAUUAACAUCUCAAGCAUGGCGGGAGGGAUUCCAAUGCCAGGGUUCGCUGCCUAUGGAGCAUCCAAAGCAGCCCUGUCUAUGUUUUCUGGAGUCAUACGGCAAGAGCUGAAGAAAUGGGGCAUGAACGUAGCUGUUGUUCACCCGUCAGCCUUCAAAACAUCUAUCCAGGGAACUCCUGAGCUCUGGAAUAAAGAAGAGCAGAUCCUUCUGCAGAACCUCACACCAGAUGCGAAGAAAGAUUAUGGUGAAGAUUACAUCCUCGCCUUGAAGACAUUACUCGCUUUCAUGCCUUCCAUAUCCUCACCAGAUUUCUCGCCGGUGCUCUGCGAUGUCCUACACGCAUUACUGGCACAGCGUCCGUAUGGUUUGUACACACCAGGCAAGAAUGCCUACAAAUAUGUCCUCAUUUUCUUCUAUACCCCGAUCUGGUUUUAUGAUUUUUUAAUGAGCAAACUGAUGCAUUCUCCAAUCAUGCCCAGAGCUCUCAGAACAGAGGAGACAAAACCCAAGAAUUUUUAG